AUGAACCAGCUUACAGGAUCCAUCCCCGCAUCGAUCGACAGCCUUACCUUCCUCAUGCGCCUGUCUCUCGCUUUCAACCAGCUGUAUGGAACCAUACCGACCACAACCACCAGCCAUGGUUUUUUGCAGUCAUUCGACCUCUCCCACAACUACCUCACAGGGCCCAUAGUGAGGCCCGAUACCGGCACCGUGGACCUAUCCAGCAACUACCUCUCAGGCACUUUGACCAACGAGCCCUCUGAUGCCUCUGUGGCCGCCAACUGCCUCACCCUGCCUGACGGGGCUACCUGGGCGCCGCAGCGGCCCGAAUCAGCGUGCCAAGCCUUUUGCGGCAUUUCCAAGUUGAAUUCCUCUUCUUCUUCUUCUGCUGGUGGUGUUGCGUGUGGCGGCCAUGGGCUAUGCUAUCCGGACGGGCCUAGCUUGGCGCCGACCUGCUUGUGCGACGACGGGUUUGUCAAAUUUGGAGAGAUCCACUGCCUUGUCGAAGGCUCGGUUCUUGCGUCCCCAGUUGACUCGGAAAUCCUUCCCCCAGCAACCGUGCUCACCACGGGGACGAAGAAGGAAGCCAGAGGGAUGUUCAUGGAACAGCCACUGACCCUCUUUGUGUACGAGAAAGGCCGGGAGGACCCCGGGUGCGGGUUCGAGCUGGGCUUUAACGUCAACUUCACCUUCGUCCUUUCGCCCAAAGGGAAGGCCGUUUCCAACGGGUUUGCGUUUGUGGUGUCGGCAACAACCACGGUGGGGAGCAGCGAUGGCGUGGGGUACGGCGGGAUGGACCCCCGCAGCAUGGCCAUCGAGUUUGACGUUUUUCAGAACAUCCAGCAUCUCGACAUGAAAGAUCAGCACGUGGGGUUGAAUAUCAACGGGCAGGACAUAUCAAUCGCGGCUGUGAAGUCGCCGUUCCCGCUGGCCAACAAGCAGGCAUACACGGCAUGGGUGGACUACCAGCCUGGCGAUCCCGGCACCAUCCAGGUCUUCCUGGCAAAGGAGACAGUGACGAGGUCAAGGCAGAGGGUGGGGAAGAGGAUAGUGAAGCGGGUGGUGAGACAGAGGGCACAAAAGCCGAUGAGGGUGCUGCUGGAGAGGCGCCUGUCGCUGUGUGAUGUGCUGCAGCCGGGCCCACCGCAGGAGGAUCCGCAGGCGGAGGAUGAUGGGCCGCAGGCGCAGCAGGCAUUCUACUUUGGGUUUGUGGCGUCCACCACUGUACAGCCGUUCAUGAGCCAUGCCAUUCUCAACUCCUUCGUGCACGCUGACCUGCCUCCGCCACCCGUCUCAGUUGACGUUCCUUCAGCCCUGGGCCUGAGUCUCACAGUGAGCACGUAUGCACCGGCGUGGGCGAGCCCGUUCCCGCGCUAUGUGAGUGCGGACUACCGGGUGGCGGCCAACAAGCAGGACUCGUGGGUCUUCAGGGACCUCCACUCCUGGGACUCCGUGCCCUUCCUCGGCUGGCCCGUCAAGAACCAGGCCGACUGCAAGGCGUGCUGGGCAUAUGCAGUGGUGGCGAGCAUAGAAGCAGCAUACGGCAUCGCAACGAAUGCAGAGGCGCCGCAGCUGUCAGUGGACUCACUCUUUGCAGCCAUGGGGCUCAGCAAAGGGGACAAGUGCACCGCUGGGGGCUCCCCGACUGAUGCCUUUGAAAAGCUUCUUACUCUGCCAAAAGGGGGACUCACCUUGGACGGUAACCCGGGGAAAAAGUAUCCUAUUCAGGGAUUCGAGCGCGCAUCAUUCAAGGGGCAUGUGGGGCUCAUGCUGGCAGUGCAGCGGCAGCCAGUGGUGGUUCACAUUGAAGCUUCUGCUGACACGUUCGCUUCGUAUGACGGGACGUUCAAGUACCAAGACCCUGCGUGCUACAGCGGCAACCUGAACCACGUGGUGCUGCUGGUGGGAUAUUUCAUUCUCCGAGACGACGGCAGUCAGAGUCGCAUUGCUCCGCCGUUUUGGAUCAUCCGCAACUCGUGGGGCGAGGGCUGGGGCGACAGGGGCCACAUGCGCAUGGACAUUCAGGGAGGGGAUGGCGUGUGUGGCAUCAACGUGCUGCCUGGCAUCUACCCCAUUGUCAAGAUCCCGGGGGAUCCGUGUGGUACCAAGAGCUACAAAGGCGAUGGUGACUUGCAGCCCAGCAUGAACCCGUGUGGCCGAUUCACAUGCACGCCCAUUGCACAGACGGACACCAGCAUGUGCACAUGCUCGCUUGCGUCUCAGCCCAAGCAACCCUUUGUCCCAGUCUUUAGCAACUAUGGCGCCCAGACAUGUGCCUAUGUGGACGUGUGUGGGUCAUACUUCAAGAACCCAUGUGCCGUGGGCACAUGCAUCAACGAUGGCAAGGGCUCCUACUCCUGCAUCUGCCCUCCCAACCACGUCCCCAGCCGAACCAUCGACGACUUCCCCACCUGCGACCCAGUCAAUGCCAGCGUCACCACCAUGACGGUCGACGGAGACAACUGGUUGUGCAGCAACGUGCAUCCGAUUAUGGGCGUCACACUUGCGCAGUUCAAGAGCAGCAACGCAGAUGUAAACUGCAGUGCACCUUUGCCUAGAGGAGCAGUGCUUCAGAUUGCGGGCAUUCCCCCCAUCCCCUGCACUGCCUUCUUCUACACCCUCAAUGGCGACACAUGUCAGUCCAUAGCCGCAUCCAUUGGUCGCACAAAGAACGACCUCAUGGCUCUCAACCCGGGCCUCUCCUGCACGCAAGCCAUCAAGCCCGGCCGCUCCCUCUGUGUGGAGCGCAACGCCACAUACGCUUACACGGCCCCCAAGUGUGUCAAGUACGCCACACUCACAGCAGAGGACACCUGCGAGAGCCUGCUCAAGGGGUCGAAAAACUUGAAGAUUGAGCCCCACUUUUGGGCCGAGCUCUACCGCAACAACCCCGGCCUCGUCUGCUCCAACACCGUCCCUGGCUCUGCCUCUGCUGUUGGCAGCAACAUUGGCGUGCAGGUGUGCCUCAGGGCGGAGUACUGGUCGUUUGAGCUUGGAAGGUGUGAGAAGGGCCUGGAAAGGACGGUGUCGCCAUCGCUCACGUGUUCCGAAGGCAUCGGCGUUAAUGCCGCUUCCACCGCCGGCAAGAUCGGUAGUACCAAGGUCGUGCCGACUACCACCGGCGCCGGCUUUGGCGGAAGCGGUAACGACUGCGGCAACGCGGGCAGCGCGGCGGAUAUCAACGCGCGUAACGCAGUCAGCCCCGCCGGCGUUUCCCGCGCCAAAGCGCCUCUCCUGCCGUCCGCGCUCGGCGUCCUGCGCUCCCUGCGCGGCGGAGCGUCUUCCGCUUUCCAAAAAGAGGGCAGCAAUAGGGGGAACAAGGAGGGGAGCAUUAGGGGGAACAAUGAGGGAAGUUUCAGGGGGAACAAGGAGGGGAGUUUUAGGGGGAUCAAGGAAGGGAGCAAUAGGGGGAACAAGGAGGGGAGCAUUAGGGGUAACAAAGAGGGGAGUUUCAGGGGGAACAAGGAGGGUGGUUGGGGGAACAAGGAGGAAGGCAGCAACAGGGACGGUCGGGAAUGCAGCAACAGGGGCGGUCAUAAGGACGGCGGUAACAGGUCAACACUGGGAACGGUGGUUCUAGGACUAGUGGGACUCGGAAGCCCAGCGGCAGCGGCGGCGGCGAGUGCGGGAAGGUUAGCGGGAUCUGAGUGCGCGGAGAUGUCGACGGAUUUUCACAACACACCCUUUCUCUCUGUCCACUCCCCUUUCGCUUCCCCCACUCCCCCUCCUUCUCUGCUCCCAACCUCCAGCUAUAUCGACAGUCUCUCCUCCCCGCACGCGGCGCUAGCGCACGUGCGCUUGCUGCGCCAGGCCGCCGCUCUUCCGCUUGGCGCGCCCGCGGUCGACAUUGCUCUCCGCCACUGCCACGGAGACAACUACCAGCUAGAGCGCGAAGCGCCGUGGGGGGAAGGGAUUUCCGCAACCCCGCCAAUGCCUCUCCGCCAUGACGCGCCCGCGUCUGCCGGCGCUUCCGCUUCCGCCUCCGCUUCCGCUUCCGCGUCCGCAUCCCCUAUGCUCCUAGACACUACCGGGCCCCACAGCGCAGCCGCGCUCGCGGCGGCGGCGCAGGCGGCGGCAGCGGCGGCGGUUUCAGCUGCAAGAGAGGAUGACGACGCCGCAGCACAGAGUGCCGCCGCAGCAGCAGCAGCAGCGGGGGGACCGGCAGCGGCGGUAGCACCGUCGGCGGCGGAAGGGGAAACGGCUUCCGCGGGAGGCAGCGCAAGGAAGGAACCAGCGGGCGCAGCGGAGGCGGCGGGGGCAGCGGGGACGGCGGGGGCGGGGGGACUGGCGGGGAUCAGCGCGCACAUGGCGAUACACAUGCCGAUGCGCGCGCUGAUGCUGGACGACGCGGGCAGCGACUCGUCCUUCACCUCCGCCGCCACCACCGCGUCCGGCGCUACCUUUUCCACGUGCUCGGGCGCGGGCGGAGGCGGCGCAGGCGGCGCAGGGGGAGCUGCGGGCGCAGCAGGCACAGUCGGCGCAGGCGGCGCAGCGGGAGCAGGGGGAGCGUUGAAUGGUGCAGGGAGUGGUGGUGGUGCGGGGACCUGGAGAAGCGCGGAAGGUGCUCUGGUGGGGGGCACUGGCGCAAUGAGCCUUCUGGGGAGUUCGGGCGCACUGCCGUCGCAGCAGCAGCAGCAGCAGCAGCAGCAUGUGUGCGUGGAGGUAGCAUGGGCGUGUAACAUCCACCUGUGCAGGCAUCUGCUGCUAUCAGCCUUCUCCCAGGCGGGCAUGCGGCCGGCUUCGCUUGUCCUCUUCCACCCUGCCCUGCCACCCACUUCCCCCGCAAUCUCUCCACGAACUGGCCCUGCGGGCGGCGCUCAUUCCGCCCUCUCCCCCUCCGCCUGCGCGCAGGCUGUUCCGCCGGUGCAGCUUGCGCCCUCCCCUUCAUCUGCCCCCGCUUUCCCCUCUGCGCGUUCCCCUUCCGCGCCCUCCGCUGCCCCCCCUGCUGGGGUGGGUACCGUCCCUCCUCCCUAUGACACAGCCACACUGGGAUGGAUGUGCCUCAUUCUACCAAAGAACGAGCAGGUGGAUGAGAGGCAGAUAAGAGACACUCUUAGUAAAGUGGGAGCUGCUGCUGCCACCGCUGCCGUCGCCUCUGCUGGUAGUUCCUGCGGAACCGGCAAAGGAGGUGCGGCAACAGCAGCAGCAGCUAAUCUCAGUGGGGCAGCAGGGGGAGGAGCAGUGGCAGGAUGGGGGGAACGUGUCGGCGGUUCACAAUCAGGGGAUGUGCGGAUGGGGGAAGUGCAAGGGGCGGAGCGCAGGGGCAACCGCGGGAGGUGGGGGCGGGGGAGGAGAGGCGGGGGAGAGGGAGGUGGGGGGAGCGUUGGCAGGGGGAGUAUUGGUGGGGCUAGUGCUGCGGCGAGUGCCGGGGCAAGUGCAGCCUCCCCUCCUACCGCGCCUGCUGCUGCGUCAGCUGCUGCGUCUGCUGCUGCGUCUGGUGAUGCGCGUGCUGCUCUGGUGUCAGCCGCAGGGAAUGCAGAGCGAGGAAUCGGUGGUGGUGGUGAUGUGGCUGCACCGAGUACGGUUCUCGAACCAGCAGGGGCAGCAGGGGCAGCAGGGGCAGCAGGGGCAGCAGGGGCAGCAGGGGCAGCAGGGGCAGCAGGGGCAGCAGGGGCCGCCGCAGCUUGGCAAGGCAUGGAGAUAGAGGCGAGGGUGGACGACAGCGAUGCUCUGCUGAUGAAAGGGGGGAACCUGCAUGAUGUGCUGAGGCGGAGGCAUGGCGUGGGGCUGCCGCUGCCGCAGCUGGUGAAGGUGGCGAUGGAGGUGGCGUUGGGGAUGCGGUUUCUGCACCGCCAUGGGAUCAUUCACAGGGACCUCAAGCCGGCAAACGUUCUCCUGGACGAGCAGGGGCGGGCAGUGGUAGGCGAUUUCGGCGUGGCACGGCUCAUCCGGGAACUGGUAGGCGAUUUCGGCGUGGCACGGCUCAUCCGGGAACGCGCCGAGAUGACCAAAGAAGUGGGCACCUACCGCUGGAUGGCCCCAGAGGCCUUCGGCACCACGGGCCAAUGGACCGUGACUCAGCGCAGCGACGUGUACAGCUUCGGAAUCGUCCUCUGGGAGUUGCUCACCGCGCGGUUACCCUACGAGGACUACUCUCCGUUACAGGCCGCGGUGGCUGUGGCGCUGAAUGGGUUAAGGCCGCCGCUGCCGCCGGGGUGCCAUGCGGGGGUGAGGAGGCUGAUUGAAAGGUGUUGGGCGCGGGAUCCCGGAGAUAGGCCUGAGUUUGAUGAGAUUGUGAGGGUGCUGGGAGCGAUUGGGGGGGAGGGCGUUGGGGUGGAGUGGGAGGGGAUGGGUGGUGGGGUGGAGGUGGGUGUGGAGGGAGAGGACGGGGGGAGGGGUGUGGCGGGUGUGGGAUUGGAGAGAGGGGGAGGGGAAGUGAAGGGGGGUGGAGGAGGAAGGGGUGGAGGAGGAGGGGUUGGAAGAGGAGAGGAGAAGGCUGGUUGUGGUGAAGCUAAUGGUGGUGGUGGUGCUGUUGGUGGUGGUGGUGCUGUUGGUGGUGGUGGUGCUGUUGGUGGUGGUGGUGCUGUUGGUGGUGGUGGUGCUGUUGGUGGUGGUGGUGCUGUUGGUGGUGGUGGUGCUGUUGGUGGUGGUGGUGGGCAUGUUGUUGCUCCUGCUCCCAUGCAGGAACAGCAGCAGCACCCGCAGCACCCACAGCAGCAGCCACCGCAGGUGGUACUGGUGGGGCAGGGGAUGCAAGGCAGGCCCGUGCAGCAGGGUGCCAGCAGCGCAACCGCCCUCACAUCCCAGGACGUGUCUGCUCGUGCGUGCAAUGGGAGCGAGGGGGCGAUGGAUGUGGUGGUGGAAGAGGAAGAAGGCCCUUGCGAGGCGCGUGAAAAGGGUGAGUGGGGUGCACGUGAGGAGGAGGCGAUGGAGGUGGUGGAGCAGAUGCUGCCGGAGCUGCAUGUCAGCGAGGGGGGAUGGGGCGAGAAGAACGUGCGUGCUGGAAGGUGA